AUGAAGUCCUUCUUCUUCGCCGCCGGCACUCUGAUCGCCGCUGCCUACGCCCAGGACGAUGCCGCCUCAUCUGUCGUUAGCUCGGCCGCCUCCGCUGCCAGCUCUGCCGUGAGCUCGGCUGCUUCUGUUGCCAGCUCUGCCUCUGCUGCCGUCAGCACUGUUCCCUACUCCAACGGCGCCACCUCCUUCCUCACCAUGACCAACUCCCUCGGCGUCGUCACCGGCCAGCCCACUCAGCCCGCUGCCGUCACCUCGCAGCCCGAGGUCGCCACCAUUCCCGCCGGCACUGGCCUGUACACCAUCGCCAUUGGCAACGUGACCAACAUUGUCGUCUCUGCCGACAGCACUGCCACCUCCAUUGUCAACGGCCCUGCCACCAUUGUCAGCACCUCUUCCGGCCAGGUCGUCAUCUCGGCCACCGGCACUGCCGCCUCUGGCUCCGCUUCGGCCACCGGCUCCGGCUCCUCUGCUUCUGGCUCUGGCAGCUCCGAGUCUGGCUCGUCCGAGACUGGCUCCUCUGCCUCUGGUACCGCCUCUGCCUCCGGCUCCGCUGCCUCUUCCACUGGCGCUGCUGCCGCUGUCAAGGUUGCCUCCGGCGCUCUCUUCGGUGCUGGUGCCGUCUUCGCUGCUUUCCUGUAA